CAGUUUAAAGAUGUUAUUAUCAAGUCUCGCGAUGUAUACAUAAAAUCGCGAGACCUUGUUGCUCCGCUAUCAGUGCUAAAUUGGAAGUUGAACUUGCCUGCAGGGUUGCCGAACCAUGCCUGAACAGAGCGGUAAGGUCCAGACAGUGUUGGGUCUGAUAGAGCCCGAUCAGCUGGGCCGCACCAUGACCCACGAACACCUUACGAUGACGUUUGAGUGCAGCCAUGUUCCCCCGGCACCCGGAGAUGAGGGUCUUGCUGCAGCUCCCAUUGAGAUGAAGCAUCUUCACUGGUUGCAGCAGAAUCCUUACUGCCACAAUGAGAACCUGCUGUUGAAUCAAGAGAUCGAAACAGUGAAGGAAGAGCUGUUGUCUUACCGUAAAGCAGGAGGAGGAUCCAUAGUGGAGAACACCACCACGGGCAUCACCCGAAACCUGCCUGCUCUGAGGCAGCUGGCUAAAGAGACGGGUGUGCAUAUCAUAGCCGGAGCAGGGUACUACGUGGACGUGACCCACUCUGAUGAGACAAGAAAGAUGACGGUUGAGAAGCUUACUGAUAUCAUUGUCAGUGAGGUCCUUCAUGGAGCAGACGGUACUGAUAUCCGCUGUGGUGUGAUUGGAGAGAUCGGUACUAGCUGGCCAAUCACAGAGAGUGAGAAGAAGGUCCUGCGAGCCACCGCUCACGCUCAGACUCAACUCGGCUGCCCGGUCAUCAUCCACCCCGGACGGAACGAAGCCGCUCCUGGGGAGGUCAUCCGCAUUCUGCAAGAAGCAGGUGGAGAUAUCUCCAAAACAGUCAUGUCUCAUCUUGACAGGACCAUAUUUGAUCAGCAAAAAUUACUGGAGUUUGCAAAGAUGGGGAGCUACCUUGAAUAUGACCUCUUUGGCACAGAGUUGCUGAAUUACCCAUUCAACCUGUAUGUUGACAUGCCCAGCGACAGCCAGAGAGUUCAGAACUUGGCUUUCCUGAUCAGGGAAGGGUAUGAAGACAGAAUCCUCAUUGCCCAUGAUAUUCACACCAAGCACCGACUGACCAAGUAUGGCGGCCAUGGCUUCUCCCACAUCCUGAAGAAUAUUGUUCCCAAAAUGCUGUCUCGAGGUAUCGCUCAGAACCAGGUGGACAAAAUACUGAUAGAGAAUCCCAAACAAUGGCUGAGAUUUAAAUAAACCAGCUGCCUUAAAAAUCAUCAAGUAAACAUACCAAAAAUAAUUUCAAAUUUGUAUUGCUAGGAACACUGUUGUCCAGUUGAUUUUGGUGCUAAAUUCCUUACUUUGGUGAACAUUAAUACAUGUACACUCUUAAAAAUAGGUUCAAAAGGGGUUUUCAUAGCUACGCAUUUUGGGUUCCCCAAAUAAACUUUUAGCAGCUCUUAAAAGAACCAUUAGUUUGUUAUUAUUAAGAAUAUUUUAAUAAUCUAAGAACCUUUUAUAAAGAACCUUUUGUGCAGUGCAA